AACCUAAUUGACAUGAUGGAUCAACAUAUCACCAUCCGAUCCCCGCUUGGAGGCCGGCUGAUAUUUAAAUAGGCAUUGUAGACCCGGCAAUUGGCUUGUCGUAGUCAAUUCGAAAAAGCUACUAAUACAUUCGCAGGCGGCCUUGACGCUGCGAAUGAUUACCAGCAAGUACCUACCUUUCAAGUUAAAAGGGCACCAUGACAAAUUCAAUCAAAAACGUGGUUGUCGUUGGGGCUUCAGGUAACGUUGGAAAGGAAGUUGCUCGGGAACUAAUCAAAGCCGGAUUCAAUGUGACUAUAUUCACCCGCCAAGAUUCAACAGCUACAUUUCCGGAGAACGCCACGGUGAAGAAGGUCGAUUAUCAAUCAGUCGAAUCGCUGGCCUCCUCGCUCGAAGGUCAAGAUGCACUAGUAUCUACUAUUGCGACCGUGGCAGUUGGUAGCCAGAAAGCACUUGUCGAUGCCGCCAUCGCGGCCAAGGUGAAGCGAUUCAUUUCGUCAGAGUUUGGCAUAAAUACGCGAACCGUCGGUGAUUCUGCGAUCGGUAAAAUUCUCCAAGGUAAAAUCAAGGUGCUCGAUUAUAUCAUCGAAAAGUCGGAAGAGAACCCAUGGUUCACGUGGAACGGCGUGUCAAGUGGUUUAUUUUUCGACUGGGGACUCCGAGUAGGAUCCCUUGGAUUCAACAAAGACACAAAGUCUGCAGUUAUCUACGACUCUGGCAACGAGCCCGUUCAGGGGUCAAACCUGGCAUUUAUCGGCAGGGCCGUCGUCGCCAUCUUAUCUCAACCUCAAAAGACAGCUAAUCAGUAUCUUUCCAUUGCAUCAUUCAACCCCUCCCAGAACCAGAUCCUAGAGAUCCUGGAAAAUGAAACAGGCGAGAAGUGGAAGAUAGAGCACGCCAGUACUGCCGAGCAGGAAAAGAUCGGGCUAGAGAAGCUUGGCAAGGGAGAUUUCAGCGCCUUCUCUAAUCUUCUACGGAAGCAUGUUUACGCUGACGGGGCCAAUAAUGCAGUCAAGGGAGAAAACAGCGCGAAUGGGUUUCUAGGGCUUCAAGACGACGAUCUAGCCACCACUCUCAAUGAGUGGCUGCGUACAUAGGUACCUAGUACCUAGUAGUUAAGCAAGGCAUAUAUGACAUUGUGGAUUUUCGGUACCUAUCUCAGGUACGAUGCCUACUAGGUACCUAGUAGACAAUGAAGCUUACACAUUUACG